AUGAGUUACCCAGAAUGGAUUUUCCGGGCACCUGAGAAUUGUGAUGUUUGCAACUCCAAAGAGAGUUGUUCUGUUUGUUCCACAAAUUAUACAUACAAUGAAACGUCACACAGUUGUGUCAUUUGUUCCAGUGGAAGUUAUGUACACCAAGAGUAUUGCAGACCAUGUCCAAGUGAAUGUACAACAUGUGACUCUGCUACCCAAUGCACAAGUUGUGUUGAUGGUUAUUUUGUCAACACUGAAAAUAAUUGUGUUAGUUGUCUCACAAGAAAUUGUAUGUCGUGCGACUCGAGUAUGUGUACAUCAUGCAUCAAUGGGUAUUAUAUAAACAACGGAGUUUGUGAAGAGUGCUCGACAAUUGAUGAAAAAUGCACAACAUGUAGUUCUACUGACAUCUCACCACAUUGUGAUUCAUGUGAAAAUGAGUAUUGGGUUGAUGACAACAAGUGUGUGACAUGCGAAGGGUGUGGCUCACUUGGGUGUGAAUACAUGAGUGGGCUAUGUUAUAACUGCCCAAAUCAGAGUCAAGUUUUGGUGUCGGGAAAGUGUGUGACUGUAGAAGGAUGCAAAGUUGUAGAAAACAAUGAAUGUGUUGUUUGUGAUGAUUUGUACAUCAAAAUAGGGAGAAGGUGCAUUAAGACGCAAACGGAGACAACAAAAAAUGUGAUCAAAUAUCGAGAUUGUUAUGUCAGUUCUAUUGACGCCAAUUGCACCACUUUUACAACCGAAGGAUGUGAUAUUUGUGAAGAAGGAUAUUACCACUAUGAAAGUGUGUGUCUGAGAUGUGAAGAAAUCUAUGACAAUUGUGAAAAAUGUGGUGUUGUAACUUUGAACAACUUUAAUCAAACGAUCUGUUAUAUUUGUAAACCGUCACAUUAUCCAGAAAUAUCAUGUCACGAGUGCACGUUAUUGUAUGGGUGUUCUGAAUGCAUCAAUUAUCUCACAAACAACGAGACUUCAACAAAAGAGUGUACAAAGUGUAUGGACAUGUUUAUCAACAACGCAGGCCAAUGCGCAAAAAUAGCGAAGUGCCUUCAAGGCGUCGGAGAGAGGUGCACUUUAUGUGAAAAGAAUUACUUGGUGUCUGAAGGUCGAUGCAAGCAAUGUGGUGAUGUUGUUAUUGGUUGUAAGACAAGUACCAAAAAUGAAUGCACUUCGUGUGUGGAAGGACAUUAUAUCGACUCAAACAAGCAAUGCAGCAAAUGCUCAGUGAAUAACUGCUUUGUGUGUGCUCAAGAUGGAAGUUGUGAUACCUGUGUAACCAACACAACGAAAAACACCGACUCUUCUAAAUGCUUGUCAUGUUCCACGUUUAAAGGAUGUAAAUUCUGUGAUAACACAAUCCCCAAUAAAUGUUUGUUGUGUGCCCAAAAUUACUUCACAAAGAAUGAGUUGUGUGAGUCAUGUUCAACUCUUAACAAAUGUCUAAGUUGCUCAAAUGAACUCACGUGCCUGCAUUGUGUUGAUGGAUAUUAUCCAGACGAAGGAAAAUGCAAGUCGUGUCUCACAAUAAAUGGCUGUAAAACAUGUUCGUCAACAUCAAAGAAAUGUCACACCUGCAAAGAUGGGUAUUACCUCGACAACGAGUGUAAAUUGUGUGGUGAGGUUUUCAGUAACUCUGCCACGUGUACAAUGAAAAAAGUAUUUUCUUGUUAG